AUGCAACGCACACACACCACCGAGAGCAUGCGAGUGCCAUUCUCUAACAUCUCCACUCUCAACAUGAACAAGGCCCCGCGUCCAGGCAUUGAACGCGCUCCCACAUCCACCAACCUCACCCGUCCCAUGCCCAUCCAACGCCUCGAGGGAAAGGUCGUGAUGAUCACGGGCGGCGGCGGCAAAGUUGGUGUCGAAUCUGCUGGUCGUCUACUCAUCGAAGGCUGCAACGUCGCCCUCAUCGACAUUGAACAAACAGCCCUCGAGGCCGCCGUACCCGUCCUCAAAGCCGCCAUCCCCACCGGCGUACCCAUUGAAUCGCGUCUCCUCACCAUUGUCGCCGAUGCCACCAAGGAAGCCGACGUCGAAGCGUGCGCCAAGAAGGUCGUCCAGCGCUUUAGCAAGCUCGAUGCCGCCCUGUUGAACUGCUGCCAGCGUGGUGCCUCAAAGAGCAUUUUCGACGUUACCGAAGACGACUUUGACCGUAUCAUGACUAUCAACGCCAAGUCCGCUUUCCUUGGCGUCAAAUACGCAGCAACAGCCAUGCAAACCACAUCCGGCAGCGGCUCCAUCAUCAUCCGCUCCUCCAUCGCCGGUCUCCGCGGCUUCCCCAACCUCAUUUCCUACAGCGCCUCCAAAUUCGCUCUCCGCGGUAUCGCUCUCACCGCCGCUGAGGAACUCGGUCCCCUCGGUAUCCGCGUUAAUACUAUCCACACGAGCAUUAUUGAGACGCCGGGCUAUAAAGAUGGGUGGAGCAAGGAGAAGUUGGCUGAAUUGAAGGAGGAGACGGCCCUGGAUCGGUUUAGCAGUCCCGACGAUGUGGCCAGUGUGGUGGCUUUCUUGGUCAGCGAGGACAGCAAGUUCAUGACGGGCGGGCAUCUGAAGAUUGAUGGCGGCUGUGUUGCUGUAUAA